AUGUCGGGUGCCACUAAUGGAACUAAGGCGCUGAUGCAGCAGUCGGCAUGGAAGACGCUGGUGCCGGUCCCCGCCGGCGCAAUCCACGAGCACUCGACAAUUGCGCUGUCGUCGACGCAGCUGGUCAUCAUAGACGGGGUGCUGCAGACGGGGGCCGUGCUUGACAGCGUGUACCUCUACGACAUCCCCAAGAACGCGUGGAAGAAGCUCGCGCCGCUGCCUGUCGCCAUCAACCACGCCAACGCGGCCGCGGUCGACGGCAAGAUCUUCGUGCUCGGCGGCAUGACGGGCGCCAGCUGGGCCGGCUGGGUCACGGCCCGCGCUAGGAUGCCCGCGCCGAGGAGGGGCUUCGCUACUGGCAUGAUUGGCACUAAAAUCUACAUGUUUGGCAGCGAAGGCAAUCCGGACCCGGCGUCUAAGGGCGUCUUCGGCUGA